UGAAGAGAUGCCAUACCGCCAGCUCGUAUAAAGAGUGCGAGUGCGCUGCUCCAAAAUGUCUCUAUCCAAGCAGAGCAUUUUCACAGUAUCAAGUCGGUUUCGACAGUCCUUCCUUUUUUUUUUUUUUUUUUCACUUUUUUCACAGUUUAUUCAGAAGCUAUUGACUAGCUUCAUCACACUCCUUCAAUCACAUACACUCCUUGCAGAGCACACAAUCAUUAGCAUUUGUCCUACUCAUCAACCAAUUUUUUACAAUACCUUUCUACCAAGAUGCGUUUCACUCAGUUCUUCAACUACCUUGCUGUCGGCUCCCUUGCCGGCAUCGCCGCCGCCGCUCCGUUGGGAACUCGGACCCUGGAGGUCGAGGAGGGAGAGCAGUUGGCCUCCCGUUCCACCAACGCAGUGGUGAGCGUCAGCGCAUUGGCUGUCACUAGCGUCAACGACAGUGUUGGCAAGAGCUCCGGCUCAAACUCUUACACCAAGUACACCGGCGAUGGUUCGACGGCUGAUGGAUGGCCCGCCAAGUCCGACUGGCUUUCCUUCGAUGCGAUGUGGGAGGCCAACAAGGAUGCUGUCAUUGCCAAGUCCUGCAGCAACAAUGGCUGGGGCAAGGACAACUCGGCGACCGAGACCGCAAACAUCAAGAGUGCCAUUGAGAAGGUCGCCAAGGAGUCCAAGGUCGACCAUCGCUUCAUUCUGGCCGUGGUUCUGCAGGAAUCCAAGGGCUGUGUCCGGGUCCCGACUACGGCCAACGGUGUAAACAACCCUGGCCUCAUGCAGAGUUACCAGGGUACCGGUACUUGCUAUGGAAAGAGCACCUGCUCCGACUCGGAGAUCGUCCAGAUGAUCCGCGAUGGAGCUAUUGGAACUUCCUCCAGUGGUGGUUAUGGCCUCGCUUCUUACCUGGACUUGGCCGAUCGGACUGGAGUUGCGGCCUACUACCGUGCCGCCAGACUUUACAACUCCGGUGUAAACUCCCUUAAGUCGACCACCAACCUUGAUCUUGCCUCUGGUGCCACUUCUUGCUACGCCUCUGAUAUCGCCAACCGUCUCACUGGCUGGACGACGGCGACCUCUAAGUGCUCUAGCUGGUAGGCUGCUUCGUUCCCACAUAGUAGUGGGAUUGCAGAUAUAUCCUCCCAGCGUUGGCAUGAACAUGCCUUGAACACUUGGAUAUGGCGAUUAUUUCCGUUCAUUCUUUUUUUUCUAUACGAUAGGGGUGGCACAAACCUGCUCAGGGAGCAGUUGUCCCCUUAUCGCGAUUUUGCCUAGCUUUUUUUGUUCGUUCCCGUGAUAUCAUUCUGUCUUUGUAUUUCAAUUGGUUUUUACCUUCAAUUAGAAGCAUUGCUCGCUCUGAAUGGAUACCCGUCACCUGCAAAGCAGGUGACUAGAUGUCAUCUCAACAGCUAAA